CAUUUUCAAGGUUAGUUUUUGAAUAUUUUCACUAUAAAGAGAUUUAGUACAUUCGUAAUAUAUAAGGUUGUUUAUAUCUUUAAAUGCGUCCCUGGUCAUAUUCCAAGUUCAAGGUUGAUAUCAAAGCCAAACAGAUGGGAUAUAAUAUGAAUGACCUUAGAAACAAAAGUUUAUAUGACAGAGUUAAUAAAUUAUUGGUAUCAUACGAGUGGAGUGAUUGCAGCUUCUCUGUACAUGGCAAAAAUUUUAAAGCUCACAAAUUAAUAUUAUGUAUCAGUAGUCCUGUUUUUGAGGCGAUGUUUUACGGACCUUUAUCCACAAACGAAGUAAUAACCAUUACGGACAUAGAACCGAAUAUAUUUCAGCUGUUAUUGAAUUAUAUUUACACAGACAAAGUUGACAUACAUUCCAUAGAGGAAUCAUAUGAUCUAAUGUAUGUCUCGAGGAAAUAUAUGUUAGAGUAUCUUACAGAAAUUUGCAUUGCAUAUAUUGAAUCAAAUAUAAGUAUUGAUAAUGUUAUUCCUGUUUUAAACUACCCUGAUCACAUGCAAGACAAUCAACUCGUCUCAACAGCACUAAAACUAUUUUGUCAACAUGCAGACUAUCUGUUAAAAGAAAAUAAAAGUUCCAUUACUUCCACAUGUAUGCAAAAAAUUCUCAGAUGUAAUGAAAUUAAUAUAUUAGAAAAAGAUCUGAUUAAGGGUGUCUUUGAAUGGACAUCAUAUUACUGUGAACAGAAUGAAAUUAAAAAUAAUAUUCAAAAUCGAAGAGAACUAUUGAUAAAGAAUGAUUUAUUGAAGCUAUUGAGAUUUAAUACACUGACAUUAAAUGAAUUCAAUGAAAUAACAGUGAGUAAAGAUAACCUUCUAUUAAAAUGUGAAGAAGAACAAAUGAAACUGCAAAUGGAAACUGAAAAAAUGAAUAACAGAGUCCUAAGUAUCACAGAUAACAAAUUCUUACCAAGAAAGACUUUAAAACAGCAAUGGUGUCUUUGUCAUCGCCCUCCAUUAAGAUCUGAAUCUCCUUUAAUAGUAGAUUUAACAAACUAUACAAUACACACAAAAGUAAAAGCUAAUAAGUCUACAUUUAUUAAUACUUUAAGUGUACAUUCUAGAAUGGCUCCAGUGGUCAGCUAUUGUAAUAAUCUUACAAAUAUUUAUCAUGAACAAUUCACAACCUUAGUCACAUGCGAAGAAGACAAUAGUAUUAUAAAAAAAAUAUACUUUGAUAGUAAUGUGGAACAUGACUUCAACAUUGAUAUUGAAUUUGAUGAACCUAUGUUAAUAAAAAAAGACUGCUGGUAUAAAAUAAGUUUUAUAUGGCCUCACCAAGACACCUUCUACUCCUAUCAAUAUGGUGUGCAAAGUAGAGCUCCAUGUUAUAACAAUGGUAAAAUAAAAUUUGAAUUUAAUGAUGUUUUGAGAAUUUCUGAUCAUGGAGGAAGCUUUCUCAGAGGUUUAAAAUUUUGUAUGUAAGAUUUUUUUAAAGAAUGUAAUAUGUACUUAAUUUAUUUUUAUUUAAUAAUUAAUUAUAUAUUUUAUAAGAAGUAAAUAAAACAAUUAUCUCAAUAAUAUAAUUAUUAAGAUGGUUUAAGUGGAAUACAAAAUUAUAUUUGUUAAUUGGCUAUGAAUAAAAAAAGAACAAUUAUGAUGUAACAAGAAUAAUUUAGAAUUAAGUAUAUUUAAUUAAAUUAUCGGUUUUUAAAACUUGAUGAAUUAAAAUGAGAAGUAUUUGCAAUCUCAAAAGCUUUACAGAGAAUAAUUCUCUACAAAAAAAAUAUAAAUAAUUAGGUUUUAAUU